AGAGCUGUUCACGACCUCCUUUCUGGUUCAAGUUGGCAGAUAGAAAGUUGGCCGGAGGGUCGUUGCUCCACAGCACUGUGUCCUCACUGACCAUGGCACCCAGCACGCAAGCAGAUGAACUGGUCUCAGGCGUACGGAAAGGAAUCAGAGCCAUUCUUCUGGGGCCGCCCGGAGCUGGAAAGGGAACUCAGGCUCCCCGGCUGGCAGAGAAGUUCUGUGUGUGUCAUCUGGCCACUGGGGACAUGCUGAGAGCAAUGGUGGCCUCUGGCUCAGAACUUGGCCAGAGACUAAAACAGACCAUGGAUGCUGGCAAACUGGUGAGUGAUGAGAUGGUGGUUGAACUUAUAGAGAAGAACCUGGACACCUCUGCCUGUCAGAACGGAUUUCUGUUGGAUGGGUUUCCCCGCACAGUCAAACAAGCAGAAAUGUUGGAUGAUCUGCUUGAGAAACGUACAGAGAAGCUGGAUUCUGUUAUUGAGUUCUCUGUGGACGACUCUCUGUUGGUGCGCAGGAUCUGUGGAAGACUCAUUCAUCAGCCCAGCGGCCGUUCCUACCAUGAGGAGUUUAACCCACCCAAGGAACCUAUGAAAGAUGAUGUGACUGGUGAGCCUCUGUCCCGCCGUAGCGAUGACAAUGAGACCACCCUGCGCUCACGGCUGGAGGCUUAUCACAAACAGACAGCCCCCCUGGUGCAGUACUACAGCUCCCGCGGUUUGCAUCGUGCUAUUGACGCUUCUCAGUCACCGGAUCUCGUGUUUGCCUCCAUCCUUGCUGCCUUCUCGGCUGCCACCUGUAAAGACCUUGUGUUAUUCAUCUAAAUCCUUUCUCCAUCCCCCUGUCUCUCCUUUAUCCUUAGGGGUACAACUUAUUAUCCCAUGAUCUCUCCUCUGUUGCAAGUUUUGGUCUAUUGCUUUAAAGCAGGUGCUGUGUGGGUAUGUCUAUCAGCUUAGGGUUGUCUGGAACCGUGGUUUUUGAAUUCUCACAAGUGUGGUCCCUUGUGUUCUAGAUGAUUGGGUAUCUAAUGGUGGAGUGUAGUCAUACCCACUGUUAUGUAUGCUGUUAUGGAGCAGAAAAGAAGUAAGCUGCAGAAUCAAGGGCCCUCUACGUUGUAUGUGACCAGCUAAUUGGCAGUGGGUACAACCAGGUCCAGACAAGCCAGCCUGGAGAGGAAAACUAAAACUUGGUAGUCUUAUGCACUGAACCAAUUUAACCAACAGCAGUUUCUUUCAGUGUCAUUUUCACUCUUUCUGGCAGUCAUUUCCUUUUACUUCCUUUUGACUGACCCUUUGCCUUUAUCCUUCUGCAUGACAAAUAAUUACUGUGUCUAUGAUUUGAAAUUAAGCUAAUCUGUAAAGGCAGAAUUUUUCUUUUCACUUUUUCCUCUUAACCUGAUAACAUUUAACUGUCUUAUUUAAUUUAGCUUUCGACUGUUUAGCGAAGGUGAAUACGUUUAUGAUGUUUAAUUGCACUGUAUUCAGGUGAAAUGUAAACCUGAUAGCACUUUCAGCUGGACAGGCUGUUGUAGUUCAGCGUAUGUCCACCAGAGGUCGUGUGAUUUUUAGUUUUUGUGAUCACUGCCCUUACUGAGCCACCUGGGUGGAAAAAUUGAGGUUAUAAAUGCCUUAUUUUGUCUGAG